AUGAAGGCAUAUGUGAACUGGACGCCUCACUCCUGGUCCACCUAUGACGUUCGACGACCCUUCUUGCUCCCGAUAGUGAAGGCUCUUUUGAUCUUGCUUUCAGUUGUCGGCGAUGUGGGUGAUGCCGGGGUAGUUGAGCUGCUUGCAGACCGACGGGUCUCGAAGCUAUCGGAAGAUUGA